UAAUCAUGUCGGGAUUUGAGAUCGCCGGAGUUGUCCUUGGGAUAAUCCCCUUGGCAAUCAAAGGCUACGGCUCCAUGGAACUUUUCUUUCAGAGCUACACCGGGUUUGAAAGUCAUACGCGCAGGCAGCGGAAGGUGUACCUCAUACAAAGAAAUCAGUUCCGCCGUUCGAUCAGAACUUUGCUUUUGGGCUUCAUCGAUGACACUACUUUGGAUGACAUGAUCCAGGACGCUGAUCACGCAGAGUGGGAAAGUGACGAUUGCAGAGAGGCCAUCAGCACACUGUUCAGUAAAGAUCUCGGCACCUCUGAAGAAUACAAAGCUACCGUAGAACUGAUACAGGGCACUUUGAUGGAUAUCAAAAAGCUGUGUGUUCUCGAGCCAACAUCGACGUCCCCAGCUGGCGAUCCAUCUCGAAAAGGUUGGAACAAGGUCACGAACGCAAUUUCCGACAGGAAACAACGUCUCCACUGGGCCGUAUCCAAGAAGAGCAAAGUAGAUGAUCUGUUGUCUGAGCUUAGCAGAUAUAACCAGGAUCUUGGACGACUCGUCAACCAGAUCCGGGGCAACUCAAGACGACCAUCGGCAAGAUUCACGCCGCGCACGACGUUUGAGAACAUCAAAAAGAUCCAAUCAGCCUACACGGAUCUGUAUCGAGCCGUCACGUCCGCCUGCUCUGGAUGCGUCGGUCAUACGCACGCCGUGGAUCUAGCAUUGGAAGAUGAAGGCACUGGUCAAUCGGGCCAAGUGUUAGGCUUCAUGCCGCCUGUGUAUAGGGUGAUGUUCCACGAUGGACAAGAAGCCAAGGUAUGGUGCAUGCGGUUGAAGCAUCUCCCGACGGGUCAAAAGCUACCGCCUCAGGUUCAGACCGUACAGCUUCCUAUCCGUCCGCCCAAAGCUUCUGCAAGUAGCAAGCUUCAUCUAAUAUCUCACGACACAACGACGACGAAGUCGACGACGACAGCCCAGACAACAAAGCCUCCAAAGAAAACUGUCCACUUUUCAAAAGACCCAAUGAUCCCCAGCCCACAACCAGCUCCACCAAAUUCCCCCGCUCCUCCACAACACCCUCCAUUCACCUCCCUCCCUUCCCCACAUCCAAUACAAAACCUCUGCCUCUCCCUCCAGACACUCCACAAACUCUCCCCAGAUCCCCAAGCAAACCACCCCCACCAGCAACUCGGCUACCUCAGCAACGCCGACGACUCCGUCUUCGAAGUCGACCUCGCGGCCAUCGAACCGCACCCCUCAGACGUCUACCCCUCGCUCAACCAAAUCCUCUCCAACCACCCUACCUCCUCGGACCCAAUAACAUCGCGGGUCCUACAACCUUUCCAGCGCUGGAAACUCGCAUACCUCCUCUCAUGCUCACUACUACGACUCUACUCGUCGCCCUGGCUAAGCGAGCGCGAGCGCUGGGCCAGCCGCAACGUGCGCUUCUUCCUGAACCGCGGCGACGGAACCGUAGAUACCAGCAUCACCACGCAUCCCGCUACAGCAGCGCUCCUAACAGGGAAAGGGAAGGCUAAGGAAGAACCCCCCUCCAUCGUCCUCGCCUCCGUCAAAAACUACCAAAUCUACGCCCUAGGCGUCCUCCUUCUCGAACUCGCCCUCGGAAAACCUAUCGAUACGUCUGCGUUUCCAACGGGCAAGGCUUUAUCCGGUAAUGAUGCCGCAGAGGAGCUCAACGAGUACUUAACUGCGAUGCGUCUGGACAAGCACGGCGCUGCGGCGCGCGCGCUCGGCCCGCAGUACGGCGAGAUUGUGUCGCGGUGUCUGACGUUUGGGUUUGCGACGGGGAAACACGAUCUUGCGAGCGUUGAGCUGCAGCGCGAGUUUUAUGGCGGGGUGGUGUGUCAGUUGGAAGGGUGUUUGAAGGUUAUGAUGGAGCCUGUUUGA